AUGAUGUUCUCAGUUCUUCUCUCCCUGGCUUUGGCCGUUACCACCGUCGUCGCCCUUCCUACUACCAUCGAUGCUCCUAUCCCUGGCCGCUACGCAAAGACUUACCUCCCUGACUGCGCCAUUGAAGGCUCCUUUGUUGAGAACCCCACUUCCAAGCACUAUGGUCCUCAAGUAAGUUUUCUCUCCCCUUACCUUCCCACCCAAUUAAAUCAAUACUUACUCUUCCAGGCUGUCCACGAUAUCAUCGCAUGCCAAACCCAAUGCCACUAUACUGGCGGCUGCGUCAUGUACUCCUGGGACGUCAACGCCAAGGCCAACGCUUGCUACCUUUACGCCGCCAAUGGUAGCAUGAACGUUGCUAGCACUGUGUUUACUGACACCGUUGCUCGUGGGGGAUCGGGUAUCUUCUUUGCUGAUCGUCAUGUCAGAGACGGGACUGAAGUUUGCUAUAUGACUACUCCUCUUCCUCGACCUGUUGACAUCGCUCGUCUUCCUGUUGGCGGACUUGCUCAAUAAGGGGAUGACGAUUGAGGAUUGCGGGUUAAUGGACUGAGGUUCUUGAGGUAGAAGGAGCCCUUUUUAUCUUGCUGAUGAUGGGCUUCUUGGGAUGCUCGUUGGACUGUUGAGGUUUGGUGGACUUGGCACUUUCUUCUGGUCCUUCUUUCUUUGGUUGAUAACCUUCUAGACGUGUUGUUUCACGGAACUUUCCUCGCAAAAAGAAGUGUAAUCUUAGAUAUGGGCUCAUUGAGGGCCUUUGGUAAAAAUAGACUGUUUGUCUCUUC